GUUUUAAUCCGUGGAGUGAAAGAGUUUUCAAAUGAGUUCAAGAGGAAAGCGCAAAGCGACUAGUCAGGCUAAGUCCAAAGGAGAAGCAGAUUCCAAGAGACCCAAGUCGGCUGCUUCUAUGAAGCCACGGCGUCCUAAAGGCAUGGUAGAAGUACCUUCUGGGACGGUACUCACAGACCUCACCAAGAAAAAAUGGAAGCUUGGAAAAUUGAUUGGAUGGGGAGGAUUUGGUGCACUGUAUUUAGCAAGUCCAGAUUGUGGUGAACCAGUAGGCGAGGAUGCUGAGAAUGUCAUUAAGAUUGAGCCUCAUGCAAAUGGCCCACUCUUUACUGAACUGGCAUUUUAUCAAAGAGUAGCAAAGCCUGACAACAUCAGUAGUUGGAUGAAGACGAAAAAACUAAAGCAUCUUGGCGUUCUUUUGUACCUUGGUUCAGGUGCAGUGGAACAUGACAAUGCCAAGAUGAGGUUUUUAGUAAUGGAGAGGUAUGACCAAGAUGUUGAUCAAAUAUUUCAGCAUCACAACCGUCGGUUUGACGUCAGGACUGUCUUGAUGCUGGGGUUAAGAAUCCUUGAUAUUCUAGAAUAUAUCCAUGAAAAUGAAUAUGCACAUGCAGACAUCAAAGGGUCCAAUCUGAUGAUGGGAUACUCCAAGGGCAAGAAGGAUCAGGUCUAUUUGCUCGAUUAUGGACUGACAUUCAGGUUCAAUCCAAAUGGAGAGCACAAGGAGUACAAAGAAGAUCCAAAGAGAAAACAUGACGGCACAGUGGAAUUUGCCAGCAUAGAAGCACAUAAAGGAGUUGCUCCAUCAAGAAGAUCAGAUUUAGAAAUUCUCGGUUACGUUAUGUUACAAUGGUUGUGUGGAAGACUACCCUGGGAAGAUAAGCUAUCUGACAAGGAGUAUGUCAAGAACCAGAAGAUAAGGUACAUGGAUAACAUACCUCAGCUUAUCAAAGUAUGUCUUCCUUCUGGAGAAAGCUCAGGCCAUUUUUUAGGAAAAAAUAAUUUUCAAAACCGCAGGAAUUGAGGAUUCACUAAGACAGGGAUACCAAAAAACUAAUUUUUGUAACAUUUCAUCUUAAAUGUAUAUCCAUUGUAUUGUCGGAGUAUUUAUUUGAUAACAUCUUUUCAUUUUCAUAAGACAAGAAUGCUUUGAACUGACUUGAGUUUAAUAAAAAGUUUCAAAGGUUUUUUAA